AUGCUUUUAAUACUUCUUAUAUUGACGCCAAUAUUGGCUCUAAGAACGUUUGAGCCACCACCACCUGAACUUAUGAGCCGAAAUACUCCCAUAGAGGGCUGGGUCAAUGUGAGAUUAAACCACUUCGAUGCUUCCAAUACUGAGACAUUUCCUAUGCGAUACUACUACAACAACCAGUUCGCGAAAAACGGACAUAUCGUGAUCUUCGUCGGCGGUGAGUGGUCGAUCUCCCCGGGCUGGGUGACCGGGGGCUUGGCGUUCGAGCUGGCUGAAAGAAUAGGCGCGGGGCUGUUCUACACAGAGCACAGAUACUAUGGACAAACAAGGCCUAGCAAUGCAACUACCGUGCCAGAGCUCCGUUACCUGAACGUAGACCAAGCGCUGGGCGACUUGGCACAGUUCAUCCAAUACGUCAAGAGUGACAGCUUUCAAGGUGGAAAAUUCAAAACAGGUAACGUGGCUCUCGUCGGCUGUUCCUACGCAGGUAGCAUGGCGACCUGGAUGCGACUCGCGUACCCUCACAUAAUAACAGUUGCAUUCUCCGACAGUGGACCGCUGCACGCCCAGGAGGACUUUCCGGAAUACCUCGAGGUGAUAACCGAGGCCCUCCGAGUACAAGGCAGUGAGGCGUGCGUGUCUUCUAUUGAGGAGGCGAUGAGGCACGUGAUGCAACUUCUUGAAACACCAGCUGGAGUUGAGCGGGUGUCCCAAUUAUUUAACACCUGCUCGCCUCUGCGGACGACACCUCUGGACCUUGCAACUUUCUUCUGGUUCGGCAUCACGGAAACUUUCGCGUACCUGGUGCAGUACGCGACGCCGGGACAUAUACCAGCCGCGUGCGAACGACUCACGAACAACACACUUGGUGACCCAGUAGAACGUUUAGCCGCUUGGAUAACCUCUCAGUCUUGGACGCAGCCGUGUAUCGAAUCCCGGUACUCUGAGCAGAUCGCUGAACACACGAACACCAGCUACGAUGCACCGCAGAGCACAAUGCGUCUCUGGACGUACCAAACAUGCGUGGAGUACGGCUGGUAUCAAACCACGACCAGCAGAAAGCAGCCGUUCCUCUCUGCGGUUCCUCUGGGCUACUUUCAUCAGAUGUGCAAGGAUUUCUUAUCUACAGCCUUCGACGAAUCGUUAUUGCGUUCGGGUAUAGAACGAACGAACAACUUAUUCGCCGGCUUAACGCACAUGCCUGACAACGUGGUGUCGGCGGUCGGUGGUCACGACCCGUGGUCGCCGAUGGGGCCGAACGCGACGCACGCGACGAAAGCGUCGCCUGUUUACGUCGUGCCUACCGUCUCGCAUUGUAGAGCUAUUAGAUCUACCGAUGACAGCGAGACGACAGAUUUACAAAAUACAAAAGUUGACAUAUUGCUGUACAUGGAACAUCUGAUGACCGGUGUGAGAGCCAGCGCUAGCGCCGCGGCGCUGUCUCCUGUACUGGUGGCGGCAAUCGCCAGCCUAUACACGGCAUUGUAAUAUCACUUUAUGGUUUCAUUUAACAGAGGAAAAUAAAAAUAUUUAACAAAUAUAACAGUAAAUAAAUGUCCCACUGCUGGGC